AUGGGGUUAGAAUGUGUUAUAGAUUAUAGUUAUUUGCUGCCAACAAUACAUUCAAAAGUUAUUUGUGCAAGUCUUCAAGCAUUUUUUCAAACUUUCCUCUGUAUAUUUGGUAACUUUGCUAUUAAUUGCUUAUUGGUCGAUUCAUUACCGCCUUUACGCUAUUCACCUGAAAAUUUGACGCUACAACUAUACAAGCAUGCUGAGAGAGCAGAUGUUGGCUCGAUGAUGAUUAGUUCCGGAAUGCUUGAACGCGCGUCAAGUAAAACUUAG